CAACCUCAAAUUUUUUCAAACAGAUUUUAUAUCCCUUUCAUCAUACCAUAUUUUAAAAAACUGGUUAUAAAUGAGUGAAAGUAUAACUGGCACUUGACACUUGACAGUUGUGACAACGCCGCAUUUUUUGAGCGGCUGGCACUUGGCUCAGCUGAACGAAAAAAAGUGAAAGAAUAUAUUUUGGUGUUUUUCAUGUUAGUGCGUAAAAUCAUGAUAGAAUUGAAAAUAUUUGAAAAAUCCAAUGGCUAAUAAUUUUUUCGAUUUUGAUUCAAGUCUAAACAAUGGGGACAAUUUAGUACCAGAUGAUGAGGACCUGUUAGAGAAUGAAGAGGAAUAUGAUGCCUUAAAUGAUGAAACCUUUGGCGCCCUUGAAGAUGCUUCAAGUUUGGAUGAUUGGGAACAGCAGCAUGAGCAAUAUGCUGAAAUUGCAGAAAAUUCAAAACAUACAGAUAAGCUAGAAAGUUCCAUAUCUCAAUUAGUAUUAGAUGAUUCUGAAAAGCAAACUCCUCCUCCUCCUCAUACUCUAUCAGAUUCAGUGUGGUCCUAUACUCCAACUAGCAGAAAUGGUGAUAUUUUUAAUACAGCAAUACUCUCUUCAUUGCAAAAAGCAUCAAAAUCAUUUAUUGAAACUCAUAUAGACUCACCAUCUUCAAAAUCUGCCUUUGCACCUUCAGAUCUAAGCAGUUCAUCACCUUUAGCUGCAUUGCCAGCAAAACCCAGGAAGAUAUGUACUGUAGAGGAACUUGAGAAAAAUCUAUUACAGUCAUCUAAACAACAAUUGCAAUAUAGUCAGCAACAAAAUGCUAACCAGCAAAAACUAUCAACCUUGCCACUUCAGCUUAGUCAACAGCAAUCACCUCCCAGGCCUCUUUUGCCACCUCCAGGACAUCAUCAUGCACCACCUCAAGGAUUUCCUUUUCAUCCUCUAUUGCAGCAUCUAGCUCCGUCAUCGCACCUGCCCACCAGGCCACCUCCACCACCUGGCUUGCGGGGCAUCAUCCCGCCCCUUCUACCGCCACAUCCCCACCACCAGCGCGGUGGUCUUCCAUUGCCACCCCAUACCGGGGGCAUGCCGCCUCCCGGUCUACUGCCCCCGGGGUUGAUGCGUGUAAUGCACCCGAGAUUCUUGGCAGCCCAGGCUGCCCAGCAGGGUGGGCCUCCGCGACCGCCCGGGUUUGGAUAUCCGCCGCCCCCGCAGCAACAACAACCAAUGCAUCCAGGUCAACAUGGGCUGCCUCAGGGCCACCCAUACAGUUUUCCACCUCCACCGCAUGGUGCAGCUCUACCUACACCUCCUCAAAAUCGCCUCCAUCCUCACCAUCAACUACAGGAACAAGGACAACACAAUCAGCGUCAACAUCAACAGAGGACUCGGCGUGACAGUCGUGACGAGACGCAGCGCAGGUAUGAUUAUGAAGAUCAACAUCGCCAGCAAGGAGGUGAUGAAUACGCAGGCUUGAUGUCCCCAAGGGAGAAACAGUGGCUGCUCAACAUUCAGAUGCUCCAACUCAACACUGGGACGCCCUAUUUUGACGAUUAUUAUUACACUGUUUUCAAAGAGAGGAAAAAUAAAUCUAACAAAGACAGCCUCAAUGAUAGAAGUUAUAAUCUUAACAAUAACAGAAGACAACGUCGCAAUAGCGACAGACAGGAUAAUCAAAAUACUUUGACGCCUAGAGUUUACACUCCUUUGCAAUUCGAAAAUUCUUUAGGAAAGCUGCAGUGUGGAUCAGUGAUGGCUCCAAGAAAGAUCAUCGACGUGGAUAUCGUGACGUGCGACAAAGAGAACGAUACGCCCCAUACGUCAAGAGACACAAGGAAGACAAAACAACUUUUGUUGGAAUUGGAAGCUUUGUAUGCCUUAUUACUGAAAGCUGAAGACAUCAGCAACCCUUUGUAUGUAAUUAAUAUGGAUAAAUUGAGAGAAAUUAAGCAAAAGCAGAGGUUGAGAGAGUUAGAACUAGCACCUACUCCCGAACAAAAGCAAGAAGUUUUAAGGCUGUUCAAAUUAGAGAGUGAACCAAUCGUGGAGCAUCACGAGGAAUAUAUCGGCAGAAUAUUGCAAGGGCUGUUACAAGAGGAAAAGUUCUCUAGUUUUCUAAAUAUUAGGAAGGGAAAGAUGUUGAUAUUGAGGCUUUUACCGCAUUUAACACCGGAAAAAUUUCCAACCCAUCUCUUGGAUCUCUGGAGUAAAGUUUUGCUAAGUUUACCAGUAGCCGGAAGGAGAGACACUGCUGGCGACAAUAUUUUACCUAAGUUGUAUCCAUCUUUCAAAAGAUAUGUAACGAAUAUCUCCAUGGCUGACAUACUUGAAAUGAUAUCUGGACUAACAGAAGUUGUAAAGCAAGAAAAUAGUCGCAGUACGCCGUUAAGUCAUGUUGGAAAACCACCCUUAUAUUUCGUCGUUUCGAAUGUGUUUGGUCUGUCAGCAUUAGUCUGCCUUCUACAUCGUGUCGAAUAUUUGACAGCCUCCGAGAUCCCCACCACAAAGCAACUAGAAGAGUGGCGUGCUUUCCUUAGCAGUUGGGCGAGCCAAGCAGAAGGUAGAGGAAGAGCGGUCCCAGAACCUAUCGAAUUGGUGCCCAAAGAAGUGUUUGAGAGGCACUGGGGCAGAUUCUUAAGACUCAAAGAUGCCAAGGCUCUGGCGGAUUAUAUCUGCGAUCCAUACAGUUAGGUGCAAAUAAAGAUAAAUGGUUGAAGCUUCAGUUUUUAAGUUGUAGCUGUUUCUAGGGUUUUGGAAAAAAACGGACAAUUUUUUUUGUUAUGGAAGAACAGGCUCCCUUAAAACGAAACAAAAAAAAACCCAAGCAUCUCUUCACCUUUUGUAGUGUUUUCCUUAAUUACUGGAUGUGCUUGGCUGACUGUCAGUAAAAUUUCCAGUCUCCUCUGUUCACUGUUUUCUUAUUUUUAGAUGUUAUUUCAUAGCAUAUUAUUUAACAUUUGUUAGUACCGUUACACCACAAUUAACAAUCAAAAAAUUUGCAGAAACAGCCACAGUUUAUGAGGCGUUUUUAUAAAACUCCUGUAUAUCGUUUUCAAGCUCAAACACUCAUGUUUAGUAAACUGUUCAACAUUUAUGAGAACAACCAAAGUUAGUGGCUCUAAUGUUGGGUGAGUCUUUUCUAGAUCUGUUUACACAGGUAUCCCACGUACAGUUGCAGCGAAUCGAUUACUCAGAAAGCAGAGAGAGAGAGAGAGAGAGAGAGAACGUUAUGAAAAUUUAUAGUAUAACUGAUGGGAGCAAUUCAGCCAAAAUAUCAAAAUGGUGGCACCUCCGGUUGAACCUGAAGCAGAUACCAACUCAUCUUAAAUAAAACAUCCAGUAUAAUGUCCCAAAUUUAGGUAAAAAAUGACAAUUACGGACCAUUGAAUUAUAGCAUUUUUCUGGUAUUUUUGUAUUUGCCAUGUAACAUGUUUUUUAUAGGGUUCAACUUUAGUAGGUUUUAUUCGAGAUUUGGAUAACAAAUAGAGCAGGGCAGUCAAAAAAAAGAAAAUGAAGAUUAUAUUAAAAUAAAACCCAAACAUUUAUUUUUUUCAAAUAUAGUACAGCUCUAUAAUUUCAUUGUAUUAAACAUUUAAAAUGAGGUUAAUUUUGUAUAAGGUUGUCUACUAAUAGUAUUUCCGAGAUAUAAGGAAAUAUUGCUUUUUCACUCCAUAAUCGAUAUAUCACUUUUUAAAUUACGUAAUACAGAUGAAAAAGGGCCACUAUUUUGUAAACAAUUUACAGUACAACCUCGUUAAUCCGAAUAGAUUCGGACCACCGAGCAUUCGGAUUAUCAAAUUUUCGGAUUAUCGUGAAACUAGUGAAACUAAUAAAUUUAGACACAAGUAUUAAAAAAUAAACUUUAUUCUUUUCAACAAAACAUAAAUUUAACAAACCAAGGACAGUGGUCAGUUAAAUACUGCACGUAAAACAAAAUUAAACUUUCUCCUUCAAAAAAACUUAAAUUAACAUUCAUAUGUAUUUAUAUGAGUACAGUACAUACAUAAUUAUGUAUACAUAAAUCUAUUGGGUAAAGAAAUCAGUUAUUACAGUUUGCUUAUGCGCCUUAAAGCGUAAAUUCACUGCUUUUUCCUGUAACUGGCGAAGAAUUAGCAGUUCUGGACCGCUUACACUGUUCUCUGUCGCCCACUCUAUGCAAGUAGUAAAACAUCGCACGGCUUCACCGUGACUCACAACUGCUAAAUUUUCAUAAUCUUCAGCGUCUUCAGGGGUGUCAUCGUUGUUGCCGCUUAAUGCAAUGUUUACCAAAUCUUCAUCAGAAAAUGUUAUUUGCUCAUUUUCAGCUGCGUCGCCCAAGGCCCAUGUUCUAACUUCAUUCGCUGCAAGAUCCGGUCCUGAUGAGAUGACAUUCAUCAGAACCGUCAUUUCUUCAAAUUCUCGCUCAUCUGAUAUCGCUCUUCUCCUUAGUUCUGCUAAUGGCAUCAAGUCUUCUUCGUCAUCGUAUUCAUCGCCCAAAUUUUCAUGGAUAUUUAAAGGCCAAAGCUUUUUCCAUGAUUUUUUUAUUAAUUCAGUGCUGACGUUCUCCCACGACGUGUGGAGAUUAAAAAUUGCAUUUUUUAAUUUGAAACUUUUUAAUGCUCCUGCAGGUUCGGUAUCAUCAGCAAUUAAAUGAAGAAGAAGCUGCUUCCUGUAGUGCAUUUUAAUAGCUUGAAUGACAUGUUGAUCCAUCGGCUGCAACAAUGGGGUACAAUUUGGUGGCAAAUAUAAGACACAGACUAGACCAUCUCUGCUCCUCAGUUCUUUUUGUUCGGGAUGGCUAGGUGCAUUGUCCAGCAGCAAAAGAGCACGAGGAGGUAAACCGAUUUGCUUUAAAUGAGCUUGCACUGAGGGAACGAACUCUUCAUGGAACCAUUGCUUGAAAAGUUCUUGAUUCAUCCAAGCAGAUCUCUGAUUUUUGUAAAUCACGGGCAACUUAUUUCGACAGUUUUUAAAUACUCUAGGAUUGGCAGCGUUUCCAAUUGUGAACAGCUUUAAUUUGUGAGAUCCGGAUGCAUUUGCACAUGGCAUGAAAGUAAGCCGAUCCUUGCUUAUCUUUCGUCCCGGAGCUGAGUCUUUAUGUCUGUUUAUGUACUAAUGUCUUAUUGGGUAGCGCCCGCCAAAAUAGCCCACUUUCAUCGGCAUUAUACACUUGUUCCGGACCCAAAUUCAUUUCCCGCACUUUAUUUAGAAAUAGUUUUUGAAAUGGAUCAACUGCUGCAAAAUUGCUCGAAAGUUUUUCUCCCGUAACGGUUAACUGACGAAUUUUAAACCGCUUUUUAAAAUUAUCCAACCAACCAGAACUUGCCGCAAAGUCCCGUAAUUUCUUCGUAAAAAAAUUUCGCCUUUUCAUGCAGGAUUUCGCCCGAAAUGUUCACAUUUUUGGUCCUCUGCUGCAGGAACCACGUGUACAACGCCGUCUCUACAUUGGGGUGCUUGGCCGUCUUCAAAGUCAGAUUUGUUGUUUGUUGUUGAUGAGAAUUCAUGUAUUCAGCAAUUUGGGUCUUCUUUUUCUUUAUAUCUGUGAUGGUUGACCUCCCAACUCCAUAUUCUACGACGAGCUGCACUGGACUUCGUCCGUUGUCUAAUUUCUGAAUUAUCUCAUAUUUCUGCGCAAGGCUAAGUGUCUUGUGUUUCCUCUUAGACAUGGUGCACGAAUUAUAACUAUAUUUCAAACGCGUAUUAACUCUAGGCACUAAGAACGCACCGCACUCGAAACUAACAGCCUAUGUACUGAGAAGUUCGACAGGCUAUGACACGAUUUUUCGGAUUAUCAAGGUAUGACGCAAUACGAUUUCGGAUUGUCGAGGAACGAAAUUAUUUCGGACUAUCGCGAUUUCGGAUUAGCAUGUAUUCGGAUUAUCGAGGUUGUACUGUACUUUUUGAGGAAUGAUCGCUGAAGCUGUACAUGGGAUACCCUGUAUGCAAUAUUACAUUUGUUGAUAAUACCAACUAAUAGUUAAUAUUGCUAAUUUUUUAAACACCAAACACUAUAGUCUAAAAUUUGCACGUUCGGUUUUGAUUAGUUACGUGAUGUCAAUUGAAUAUUUGUAUUUUGGAAUGUAUCUAGCGGAAGGAAAAUAUUUGUUAACAGUUUAUUUCUCCAACUACCUCGCCAAUUUGAUUCAUUAAGUAAGCGAAGUAAAAUGGAUUUUUGAGUUUGAAUGCAAUAUACUAUGUUAAUUUAGAAUGCAAAAUUUUCAGCGACGUCUUUUUAAUAUUGGAGAUGUUUUAGUGAUCAUUUGGUAUAUUUGCAAUACAUCGCCACCUAAGACAUUAUGUUGAAAUUUGAUUUAGAAACUCAUUUUAUUUAACUUGCAACUAUACCAUCAACACUAAUAGGUCUUACAUUUUUAUUUUUCUUAUGUCAAGUAUUUAAAGGAACUUAUUUUUUUGUGAAAUAUUAAAUUUUUAACAAAAUGUUUUUGUUAACUGAAAAAAAAAUAUUGUUGGUAGGUAUUUGUUGAAAGUAAAUUAUGCUUAAUUCAGCGUGAAUCGUUUAAUAAAAAAUGAUAUCCUGUAUAUACAAAAAUUAUAUGCAUAUACCUUUUCCUUAUUUUUCGAUUCACUGGUUAGCUACCCUUUUUUGAUUGUAGAUAAAUGUAUUUUAGUGAUACGUUCACAAAGACUAUUUUUAAAAUAAUAUCAAGGUUUAUUUUACGAUUUACGUUUUUAUCUAAGAAGAAAAAUAAAAUAAAAAUAAAAUUUUGAUGAUCUAAUAAUGACAUCAAAUACACGUAAUAUGCGUUAUUUAUUUUCGUAUUUGACAAUAACUGUUAAGAAUAUACAUUGUAUUCUCUUUUCUUCCUUUGUAUCAAAUGUUUUUUUUAUUUUUGUAUUUUGUGUUUAUUAAUUGUCAUUACAACUGUCCAAUUAUGUUAAAAAAAUUGAGAUCAUCUCUAUAUCACAAAACGGAUUCCUCAUGCAAAGCAUAUGUUCAAAACUUGCAUAGGAACUUUGAUAUGGCAUAUUUAUUAUGUUUCAUCCGUGAUAUCGAAAUAUGUUUCAAAGAUAUCUUUUUUAUUAUAUAUUAUGAAGCUUUUUUCAACUAGGUAGUCAGUGUCGAACAAAUAUGGAUUAAAAACAGUUUGGC